GUCCAUUACAACUGGGCAGGAAAUUGCCACUCGGAGACUGCAGAUGAACAUUCGCUGCUGCUGCCGCCACUGUUGCUGCCGUCGAUUUCUGCGCCUACGAACCGCUAAAAACGCAAGACUGAGAAGCGUCGCCAGUACCGCCUCCUGCAUCCAUGGUCCGCUGCCGUUGUUGCUAUCCUGGCAAAGGUCAGGCGGGCAGCACGGGGCCGACUCCAACUUGUGGCCGUACAUCGGGCAGGUCAUCGUCGCUAUGUCCGUCGCGCAGGCCCCUGUUGCUAGCCAGGUAGCAGGCGAGAAACACGGACGUCGGAAAAUGCCAAUUGGAUUUUGCGGUGUGAUCAUUUCCUGCUGCUGCUGCCGCUGAUGUUAUUAUUGCUGCUGCUGGGUGAAAGCAGCCGCCGAUGCGUGCUAUUUGGCUACUGUGGCAGUGAAUUCUUCCUGCUGCUGCCGCCACCGCUGCUAGCGCUGCUGCUGGUGGAUGUGUCGCCGCCUUAUGGAUCUGCCUACGUAAGGAUUGACACCAGAACCGCCGCUCGCACCUAGGAGACACCUCUGUUGCUGCUGUUGUUCCGAGAGAUGCAUGCGCCGCCGUUGCUAUCCGAAGGUUGUCGGGCUUUUGUUGUUGUUGCUUCUGGUCUUGCUGCUGCUGUUGCUGCUAUCACUGCCAUGGGAGGAGCGCUGGUGAAGCUCCAUAUGCCAGUCCAGCGUCUUCAAAAGGAAAAAAGCCGUUUUGCUGGCACUGCUACCGCUGCCUUUGCUGUCUCAGCUGCUGCUACUGGGGCGAAAAUACCCAACAUGCUGCUCCGGCCAUCAGUUUUCCGACGCCUCGCCGCUGAAUAAGCACCACUGUCGGAUACUUCAGUUCACGGCGCUCCAGUCUCCUAACUUAGGGCUUUCUGGGUCUGUCCCGGCAAACCUGAUGUGAGCAUCCCAUCAGUGGCGGGAGGGAAGGCAUGCGCCGCAGUCCAGCGUCAUCUUCAGGAGAAAAGCCGGUUUUCCAGGAAAUCAAUUUAAUACACUUGGCUGAAGGGAAAAAAAAACUUAUCCAUGCUUCUUUCUUUUAUUCCAGGGCGAAUCGCCAGAGGCCAAGCGAGGAGUCUGGUCGUCAGAAGUUGUCAUAAGGAGACUGCUGCGAGAAAUUAAAUGCUGCUGCUGCCGAUGUUGCUGCCGCUGGUGUGCGUGUGGCCGCCUCAAGGUCCCGCUAUACUAUUGAAGAAGAUGUUGCCGUUGUCGUCAUUCCAGGGAUUGCAUGCGCCGCUGUUGCUGCCAUUUCCAGACGGUUGCCACCGGCCGAUUGACUGCACAUGGCUGCGAUUUUGCUGGUGACGCCCACGCCCAGGCCCGCUGCCUUCUCCUGGCCAGGCAUUCCAGGCAGUUCCUAUGGACGCAUACCGCAAGGACGGCAUCGCAUCGCCUGCAGGACCGAUACUGGGAUUGACUCAGCCACGCAGAGACCGCCGAUACCAUUGCCGUUGCCGUUGCUGCUACUGCUGCAUCUGGGGAAAGAUCCCAUCGAAGCUGAAGCACCGUCUAAUAAAGCCGGAUUUGCAACACCGUCGUUGAGCUCGGAGCUGAAAGCAUCGCAUUGGAGUCGGAUCUUCAAAUUCCAGGGACUUCAGCUCCUUCAUUCAGGGCCUCCAGGAAUGGUGGGUGUGGGCAGCGAGCUGUUUAGCACACCACUUGGUCCCUGCCUCCACUGUUGCUGGCCUUACUGCUGUUGUUGUUGCUGUCUUGGUUGGACCGCCAGUGUGGCGUCCAUUACAACAGCAGAUGGAUCAUCAGGAGCCGAAGAGUCGCAGAUCCCUCGGUCGGAAAGGAGAGAUGGAUUUUCAAUCACGCCAGGAGGGUCAUUUAAAUACGCAGCCAUCCAGCCAUCAUAAUUUUGUUAUUCAGUAGGUGUUUAGUUAAGUUAAUUUUACCAUUAUAUCUAUAAGCACAUUUCCCUUUUUAUGUAACCUGAACUUAGCCUUUAGCCUUUUUGUAUUUCUUUCAUUUCUUUUCAAUAUUUUUGCCACCCCUUCCUCCAGUUUAGUUAUUUCUGCCUUCUGCACCUACCCUGGUUUGUUUUGAUUUAAUUUUUAUCCCCUUCGUAGUCAGGUAGGAUUAUUCGUUGUACAUUUAAUGGUUGCCCUCUGAAUCUUUCUAUAAUUUCCUGCCUGGUUAGAUCGCCAUUUCUAUAUUGUUUAUUACAUCGGUUUAUUUCCGAUUCACACCAUCUAUCUGGAGGCCACUUUUGGUUUUCCCUUUCUUUUCUUUCCCUCUCUUCCUGUUUUUUUAUUCUUUUGAGCUCUUUCUCCUCUUCCUCUAGUCUUAGCAGGGUAGGGAGUUCAGUUAGAUGCGUUUGUCUUAUUUUCUCUCUCUCGCUUCGCUUCUUUAAGGUUCUGCAGUCGUCUAGGUCUGGGAUUUCUAAGAGUUUAGGUGAGAGAGUCAGUCCAGUCUGUUUUGGGGUGAUAUGGUCCCUUGUCAUUUUCAAGUAUCUCUGCCUGCUUCUUUCUAGUCUAUUCGGGAUAUAGUGCCUAGAGAAUAUCCUGCGAACAGCUAUGUUUGGGUGCGAUUUUGUAGUUUCUGAGAACCUAUGGACAGCCUGUUGAUAGAAUUCUUCUACUGUUUUGACACAAAACCGGUCCCUUAUAGUUUGGUUUUUCGUGUAUCUUUCCGCUUUGAAUAUGUCUCUCAUUUUCUUGUUUUCCUCAACUUGGAGCCGUCUUAUCUGUGCAUCUGUCACAAGAGGACCCCAUGCUGCUAUGGCAUACUGCCAUAUUGGCGAUAGAACUGAUUUGAGGAUCAGCAUCUUAGUAUUAGUAGGGAGUUUGCUUCUUUCAUUUAAGAUCCAUGACAUUUUUCUAUAGGCUGUCAAGUAUUUACCCACUACCUUUGUGACAUGAGGACUAAGUGUUAGUUUGCUGUCAAGGAUUACGCCAAGGUAUGAUUGCUUGCUUUCCUUUUUUACAGCUUGACCCUUGAUCUUCAUAGUCUUUAGGUUUGUAGGUAUGUCGUUUUUUAAUGUAUAGAUGACAUGUCCUGUUUUGGAAGCAUUUAGUGAUAUACCCCAUUUGUCUGCCCAGUCCGAAAAUGUCCUAAGGUAGUUUUCGUUGUUUCUUGUGGCGGCAGUUGGUAGUAUGUCUGAGCUGAGUACUAUAGUGUCGUCUGCGUAAGUUGAGAGCAUAAUUCUUUCUGUUGGUGAUGGGCGGUGGAUAUAUGGAAGAGGCAUGUCUGAGGAGAAGAUAGAAUAGAGUAGUGGUCCAAGAUUGCUUCCUUGAGGCACCCCUGCGCCUAUUUGUCCUGUUCUCGAAGUCUCUCCAGCUUGGUCUUUGACCUCAAACGUUCUGUUUGUAAGGUAGCUCUCCAGAAUGAUGUAUAGGUUGUAUGGUAAUAUUUUAGCUAGUUUAAGCAGAAGGCCUUCAUGCCAUACCCUGUCGAAAGCCUCAGAGAUGUCAAGGAAAACCGCUGAGCAGUAUUCCUUUCGCUCAAAGGCCUCGAGGAUGAACUGGGUGACCCUGGCUAUUUGCUGCUCAGUUCCGUGCUCUUUUCUGAAGCCAAAUUGGUGCAGUGGUAUGGCUUUUUUGAAUAGAUCUACCCUAAAAAGUCUUUUUAGGAGUAGUCUUUCAAAUAUUUUAGAGAGGCCCGAGAGUAGACUAAUCGGUCUGUAUGACUUCGGGUCGUUUACACUUUUCCCUGGUUUCAAUAUCAUCUUCACUUGGGCAUGUUUCCAGGCGUCUGGGUAAUAUCCAAUUCUAAGUAUUGAGUUGUAAAUUAGAAUAAGGUACAGAGUAGCUUUAGUCGGUAGGGUUUUUAUAAGCUGGUUUGUUAGAAGGUCUUUUCCCGGUGCUUUACUAUUCUUUAAGUUUUUAAUUUCGUUGUUUAAUUCCUUUAGCGUAAUAGGUUGGUUAUGCGGGUUUUUGUUUACAUCAUAUCUUUCUGUUAACAUGCUUUCCUUAAUUGUUCUUAGUCCAGAAUUAACUAUAUCUAUGUGGUAAUCAGGUACAUUAUUAUUUGGCUUAAAUCUUCCUUCCAAGUGGGAAA